AUGGCAAAAGGGGAGAAGGAUGUGUUUUGCCAAGUCUUGAAGGACAUUAAAGUUCCGGAUGGUUAUUCCUCAAAUAUAUCAAGAUGCGUCAACCAAAAAGAACGGAAGCUACAUUCUCUAAAAUCACAUGAUCAUCAUAUAUUGCUCCAUGAUUUGCUUCCAAUUGCUUUACGCUUAUCAUCAUCAAAACAAGUGAUGUGUUCCAUUUCUGAGCAUUGCAACAUAUUCAAAAUUCUUUGUGGUAAGGUUCUCAAGGUUGACGAGCUCGAGAAACUUCAAUAUCGAGCAACGAUGGUUUUAUGUCAAUUAGAGAAGAUUUUUCCACCAACUUUCUUCACUAUAAUGGUCCAUUUGGUUAUUCACCUUCCAUUGCAAGCCAAACUUGGUGGACCUGUCCAUUACAGAUGGAUGUAUCCAAUUGAACAGUUCUUGUUGAAGUUAAAGAAUUAUGUGCGCAACAAGAGAUAUCCUGAAGGUUCUAUUGCUGAAGGUUAUUUGGCAGAGGAAUGUGUAACUUUUUGUUCUCGAUAUCUGGAGGAUGUUGAAAUAAUAUUUGAUAAACCCUCAAGGAAUUUGGGUGAAGUUCAUGAUGAAGAAUUCGGCGGAAAUUAUUUAUUUCACAGUCAUGGGCAACCAAUAGGCAAAUUUGAAAUAGCAAAAUUAGAUACUAACUCAUUGGCACAAGCACAUCGAUAUGUUUUACUACACCAUGAUGCUACCAUUACACUGCAAUCUGAGUAUAAGACCAUCUUGAGACAGCAAAUGCGUGGUCGCCGUUCAACCGCUCGCGAUGUUGAUUUGCAAUUCACUAAGACCUUUCAUGGAUGGUUGGAGGAAGUUGUCUCUCGUGGAAGAGAUGUGACUGAAGAAGUUAGAUUUCUUGCACAAGGACCAAACCGAAUUGUUAAGCGAUACAAAGGAUACAUUAUCAAUGGAUUUUGCUUCCAUACCAAAUCCCGUGAGAGAUUAAGGAGAACUCAAAAUUCUGGAUGCCUUGUUAAUUCUUCAACAAUGAGUUAUGCUAGCGCAAGUGAUGCUAACCCCAUCCAAGGAAAUGUUGACUAUUACGGGAUUUUGAAUGACAUUAUUGAGCUAGAUUACUUUCAAAAAUUCAAAGUUGUGUUGUUUCGAUGUGAUUGGGCUGAUGUUACUAAUAGUCGUGGUAUCAAGAAAGAUAAAUAUGGAUUUAGCAUGGUUAAUUUUUCCAGAUUAAUCCACACAGGUGCUCAUGUCAUUUAUGAGCCUUAUGUAUUUUCAUCACAAGUGAAGCAAGUAUUCUAUAGUAAAGAUCUCAGCGAAUCUGGAUGGUAUGUUGUGAUACGCAAUCAAGCCAGGGAAGUGUAUGACAUGGGUGAUGAAUCCACAGAAAGUGGUUCUCGAACUGAUUGUUUUCCUACUAGUAGUGAAAGGAUUUUAUCUUCUAAUGAUGAUGAGCAAUGGGUUCGUGAAGAUGUCAAUGAGGAUGUAUAUGCAGCUUGA